CCUUCCCGCCACUAUAAAAUGCCGGCAACUGCUCGGUGCUCUGCUCUCCACGCCCGCCCCCCGUGCGCACACAGCAGAACGCAGAACGCCUCCUCUCAGCUUGGUGCGCGCGCUCCGGCCGGCGUAGACCAGAGAAUGGAAGCGGCUCCAGUGGGGCCGGCCGCCGCCAUGGACGUGGACAAGCUCACCUACGAGAUCUUCUCCAUCCUCGAGAGCAAGUUCCUGUUCGGCUACGACGACCCCAAGCUUCUCUUCGGCGGAGGCUCGCCGCAUACGCCGGCAGCGUCUGGGAAGGCGACGCCCCCGCGGGCGCAGGCCGGUAAGGUGUGCAUACUGUCGAUCGACGGCGGUGGGCGCGCCGCCGACGGGCUGCUGGCCGGCGCGGCGCUGGUGAGGCUGGAGGCGUCCCUGCGGCGGCGCACUGGGGACCCCAAGGCCCGUCUGGCGGACUUCUUCGACGUGGCCGCGGGCUCCGGCGCCGGCGGCGUGCUGGCGGCCAUGCUGGUGGCGCGCGGCAAGGACGACGCGCGGCCGCUCUACUCCGCCGAGGACGCGCUCGCGUUCCUCGUGCGCAGCCUCCGCCGCGGCUGGUCGUCGUCGUCCGGGAGCCUCCGCGCGCUGCUCCGUCGCCCGGCCGGCGGAGCCGCGUUCUGCAAGGUGUUCGGCGACCUGACGCUCCGUGACACGGCGCGGCCGGUGCUCGUCCCGUGCUACGACCUCGCCACGGGGGCGCCGUUCCUCUUCUCCCGCGCCGACGCCGUCGAGAAGCCGGCCUACGACUUCCGCCUGCGCGACGUGUGCGCGGCGACCUGCGCCGGGUCGGACCGCUCGUCCUCGGCGGUGGAGGUGUGGUCGUGCGACGGGUCGACCCGCAUCGUGGCCGUGGGCGGCGGCGUGGCGCUCGGCAACCCCACGGCGGCGGCCAUCACGCACGUGCUCAACAACAAGCGCGAGUUCCCGCUGGCCUCCGGCGUGGAGGACCUGCUGGUCAUCUCCAUCGGCAGCGGCGAGGGCGAGCAGCGCCCCGCCGUCGGCACCGGCGGCGCCUCGACGUCCGAGAUCGUCAGGAUCGCCGCCGAGGGCGUGUCCGACAUGGUGGAUCAAGCGGUGGCCAUGGCGUUCGGACAUAACAGGACAAGCAACUACACCCGCAUCCAGGCGAUGGGGUCGCCGCGGGGCGGCCGAUGCGCGGCGGCGGCGGCGAAGGGGUGCGUGGCGGCGGAGGAGAUGCUGUCGCAGAAGAACGUGGAGUCGGUGCUAUUCCGCGGGAAGAAGCUCGCGGAGCAGACCAACGCGGAGAAGCUGGAGCGGUUCGCGCACGAGCUAGUCAAGGAGCACGACCGCCGCGUCGGCGCCGCCGCCCCCGCCGUCGUCAAGCAGCAGCCGGCGUCCGCGGCCGACAGUAACGCGCCGGCGUCGUACUCGAACCUGGUCAGCCAGAUGUUCACCAGCAUCUUGUAGGGCGUGUGCCGCUGUACGUGCCGAUCGAAUGAAACGUUCCGGCCGCAUGUUCACUGGUAGUGUACUUUUUUUCCCCUCUUCUGUUUGCUGUUGCCUGCUGCCUUGCCUGGAGCUGGGUUUUGUAAAUGAGGAUGAGGAUUAACAAAGUGUACUACCAUGGUGCGUGCCGUGAUCCGUAGGA